AUGGAAUUCAGUGCAGGCAUAUGUGCAGGAGUCGCAAUCACACUAUCAGGACAUCCCUUUGAGUAAACCCUAAUCAGCACUAUCAAGGUCAGAAUGCAAACUGGGCAUGUCCACAGUCUGUUCAAAUGCAUAAAAAUCACAUUACAAGCAGAUGGGCUGCGCGGGUUUUAUUAUGGGGUGGCUGGACCUCUAUGAUCUGUCCCAAUAGUGAACGCAGUUAUAUUUGGAGCUUAUGCACAAGCAAACUCUUUUUUAGGCAAUCAAAACAGUUUUUCGAAUGGAAUCCUUGCAGGGUCAUAUGCAGGACUUGUGAAUACAAUUGUAGUCACUCCAAUAGAGCUGAUUAAAUGCAAAAUGCAAGUCCAAAGCCAUAACCAAGACAUAGGAAGGGCUAUUAAAUACAAAAACAGUUUUGAAUGCUUUAAACAUGUAUUCAAAACUGAAGGAAUAAGAGGACUGUAUGUUGGGAAUGUAGCUUCAAUUUAUCGAGAGAUUCCUGCGUAUGCAGGACAGUUUGCUGCAUAUGAAGGCUGUAAGACAAGUUUGAAGUGGUUUUUAGGGAGAGAUGAAAUUCCGCUAUAUUGGCUAUUUCUUUCAGGGAUGGUAGCUGGGCUGAAUUGCUGAAUAUGAAGCUAUCCGCAAGAUAUCAUUAAAACUAGACUACAGGUAGGACAUGAAGUAGCUAGAGGGUGAGAUGGAGGAUUUUAUAACAUGGGAAAACUAAUUUACCAAGAAAGCGGGCUUAAAGGAUUUUGAUUUGGCUUCUCUGCAUGUGCAGUUAGAGCUGCAUUAGCAAAUGGGUGCGGAUUCCUCUCAUAUGAAAUUUCAAUGGAGCUUAUUAAGCAUCAUUGGGCCGAGGAUCCAAUUAUAAAAAAUCACUAA